UCAAUUGUCUUGUUUUUUGUUUCAUUUCAGAUCAAAGUUUAUGUCCUGCCAUUUCUUGUUCAACUAAGUGCCACUAUGGGUUCAACAUUGACAUGAAUGGCUGUAAGAUGUGCAGUUGUAAGAAAAAUGUGUACUGCCGACAAACAACCCCAUUCAACUGCCCUUUGACAUGUAAUCAUGGAUAUACCACCGAUGUCCAUGGAUGUGAUAACUGCAAUUGUAAAAUACAAAGAUCGGAGUGCCAUGACCACCCCUGCCUGUCUCCCAUGAUGCAUUGCGCGUUUGGACUUGCAACUGAUAGCAAUGGGUGCGAGAUCUGCUCCUGUAAAAUGCCAAUUGCCAUUGGCCUGGUCCUUGCUCCUGGAACCAAACCCAGAGACUGCGUCGCUCUUUCUACCGGGUCAUGUGACCUGUCAUGUGAUCAUGGAUACAGAUCUGACCAUCACGGAUGUGAGAUAUGUCAGUGCAUGAAUCAACCAGAUGAUUGUCCGUCGAUGGCCACCUGCAGGUUGCAGUCCAAAUGUCCGUAUGGACUUGCAUCAGGUCCAGAUGGCUGUCCUACAUGUGCAUGCAAACACCCUGGUGUUUGUGACCCACUUCCAUCCUACUGUGAUCUUGAGUGUGAACUGGGCUUUUCCACAGAUAAAUUUGGGUGUGAACUAUGUCUAUGCAAGAAAACUGAAGGUUGCCCGGUUCUAGAGCCUUGCCCUUUGACGUGUCCUUUAGGAUUGGCUACCUGCCCUUGUCAAUGUGAGAUCUGCAAGUGUAAGCUUCCAAACUCGUACACUCUGAGUGUCCUAUCAGACCUGACUGCUAUUCCAAUCUGGAAUGAAUCUGCUCCGUUGGAAUCUGAAAUCUCAGAGAGUUUAGUCUGUCCUGAGCUGAACUGCCUAGCAGCUUGCCCCUUUGGCUAUGCCAUAGAACCCAUUUCUGGAUGCCAGACAUGCCAUUGUAAAACCAGAUUGAGAUGCCCAUCUCUUCUUGAACCGAAGAUUGCCAUGGAAACGAGAUGCCAGACCAAUGGAGACUGCAGGCAUCCUCAUCAGCUCUGUUGCUACACCGGUACUCGCUUCAUGUGUAUGGAUGCUGUGGAAGACAGUUGCACAGAUGAUUUUGGCAAAGUUCACAGUCAUGGGCAGGUGUGGAACAAGGACUGUGACACACAGUGUAGCUGUUUCCAUGGUAACAUCAGACAUACCCAUUUCCAGACCCCAUCCAUUCCUGGGGGUUGCCAGUAUGAGAUAACCCCUGGCCAUUGUUACUACAGCUACACGUGUGUGAAUGCGACAUGCCAGGAUACAGAGGACUCCUGGUCUGUCGAUGAGUGCACCCAGUGUUCCUGUCAUGAUGAAAGCGUUACCCCUCUCUGCACCCGACUACCCUGCCCAAAGGUUCCUCACGGAUGUCAUGCAGCAGGGGUGGAGGAUUCCUGCUGUCCUGAUAUCGUGUGUCCAGGCUGCAGAGAUGCUGGAGGUCACCUUAAAGUUGAAGGUCAGAUGUGGAAUGAUGACCUUUGCACCUCUUGCGUCUGUGAGGAAGGUCAAAGGUCAUGUCGCAGGAUGGCCUGUGAGAUCCCUCGUCCUGAAUGCCAGCAAAUAUUCCUGCCGAAUCAAUGCUGCCCUAAAGUCAUAUGUCCUGGAGAUUUUAAGAAGCCUUGUGAAGCGAUACGUUCCAUGAGGAAUCCAUUGCAGCUGCUUGAUGAUAGUGCCACACACCUACCUGGCCCUUACAUCCCAUCCUGUAUCCCAAAGAGUGGCUUCUUCAAUGCUACUCAGUGCUACCCUGCUGAAGGCUUGUGCUGGUGUGCAGAUCAUCUUGGUAGGGAGGUGGCAGGAACAAGGACAAAACAUGGCAUUCCAGACUGCUGGGAUUACGGAUGUGUAGAUCUCCAGGGCAGCUAUCACCAUGAGAACGAGACCUGGAGCCGUGAUCAGUGCACCACAUGUCAGUGUAUCCGAGGUCUCCUGGUCUGCACUGGGCCUCGGUGCAGGAAGCCACCACGGGGCUGUGAUGUGCUUGAAGUGAGGGAGGACUGUGGAUGUCCACAGUACAUCUGCAAUGGUUUCUGCUUUGAUGAUCGUCACAGCAUCAAGCUUCUUGGUGAGUUGUGGCACACGAGUGACUGCACCCAAAGCUGUGAAUGUUCAGAGAAUGGUGUGAUAACAUGCCGGGAGACAGUGUGUCAAGAUCCUCUGCUCAUUCCUGAAGGCUGCUUUCACAAGAAGCGGUCGCCAGAUGAUUGCUGUCCCUCUGUGGUGGUGUGCUUUGAUGGUACAGACUUGUCUGAGUGCCCUGCUGGUACACGAUAUGUAGCUGUCUGUGUGACUGACCCAUGCCUGGAUGCCACCUGCCUUACCCAUCCCAAUGCUAUCUGUCAUUCAAACUUCUGUGGUGAAUGCAGAUCGAUCUUCUAUGAUGAACAGAACACAGGUCCUAUUGACUGCACAAGACUAGCUGACUCACCUCAGACAGUACGGCAAUAUGGGACCCACAACAUCAGCUGCCAUGCACUGGUAGAGCAGACAACUGCCAACGAUUCAGCUUAUUUCCCACGAUGCACAGGAUACAACACAUACUCCGCAAAGCAAUGUGAUUCAUCAGGGUCAUGCUGGUGUGUUGGGCCAGAUGGAGUGCAUGGAGCAGACAGCGACAUGGAAGCAGAUAGGACUGAGUUAUGUGUCGAAGCCCCUUGUAGGCAGGAGCUUGAAUCAAACCAAGAGAAGGUCAAUCUGGGUCAGAAUGUGACCUCUAACCCUGUAUGUAACCCCCAGGGCAUGUAUAUACCUCAACAGUGCACCGCUGAUGGUACCGAAUGUUGGUGCAGUGAACCAGAUGGUACCAUGAUACCUAAUACCAAGAGAGCAAGUGGAGAAUCGGUCACCUGCUUGGAAGUUUGUGGAGGGAGACAAGCUCUUACCACUAGGUCGUGUAACUCGGUCAUUUCAUGCCCUCUCAACUACGUCUGCAACUUCAUGACACCUGCAAAUCAUGGCAUCUGUUGUCUUCAGUCAUAA